GUGAAAGAGGAGUCCGCCAGAAAUGCAUCAGCAAUAUGUGGAUUCUAGCAGUCAACUCGGCACAUACGCUCUCCGCUUUCCGAAUGUUUGAGAUUUGCAAAAAAAAGUUUGAGGAGAAGUAGUUAAGAAGUUAAGUGUGUUUUUGAAUCACUGUCUAACUUGUUUGCAGUGUGUCAGCCGGUAAAGUGACACGUACUGGGCACUUGUGUGUCUAUAGGCACUAGGCAGACAGUAUGGCAGAUAUCGAGUCCUCUUUUGAAUUCAGCUCAUCUUUUACUAGUUCCUCGCUGCCUCCCCCACGGACUCGAAUCUUUAAAAUAAUCGUAAUCGGAGACUCCGGAGUUGGCAAGACCUGCCUCACCUAUAGAUUCUGUGCGGGCAAGUUUCCAGACAAGACUGAGGCCACUAUAGGGGUGGAUUUUCGGGAGAAAAUUGUCGAAAUAGACGGCGAGAAAAUCAAGGUCCAGUUGUGGGACACUGCAGGUCAGGAGCGCUUCCGUAAAAGCAUGGUUCAGCACUACUACCGUAACGUCCAUGCUGUUGUGUUUGUCUAUGAUGUCACAAAUGUUGCCAGUUUCCGCAGCCUUCCGUCGUGGAUCGAGGAGUGCCGUCAGCAUGCCCUGGGUCAAGAGGUGCCCAGAAUCCUGGUUGGCAAUAAAUGUGACCUGCGCCAUGCCACUCAAGUAAGCACUGACGUAGCACAGCAGUUUGCUGAUGCCCACUCAAUGCCUAUGUUUGAGACCUCAGCCAAGAACCCCUUUGGAAACGAUGAAGGCAGUCGGAAUAAUAGUGACCACGUUGAGGCAAUUUUUAUGACUGUGGCGCACAAGCUGAAAUCUCAGAAACCGCUGGUGUUAAGCCAGCCACCUAGUGGAUCUGGAGAUAUUGUCACUCUAAGAAGGAAGGAAGAGGAGGAUGGAGGAGCCUGGGGUUGUGGCUGCUGGAGGAGCUAAUGAAGGGGAGCCUGUGCAAGAAAGAGAAUGAUUCAUCGUUUUACAGGGUGGGGCUAACAAAGGAGAGGAUGCACAGAGGCUUCAGGAUUGAUCAAAUUAAGAUACAUGUUAUUAAGGGAGACUUUAAUCAUCAUCAAGUUUCCUGUUUUUAUCAGAUGUGCAGAAUCUGGCCAUUAUUUUAAAAUGAAAGAGCACAAGGAAUUUGUCUCAAUGGCUCAAGACAUUUUUACAUGCAUGUAGGUCCACCCACCUUAUGUAUCCUAGCUUCAGACCACUGUACAUCAGCCUCUGUUCAGCUCAUAUACCUCCCCACCACCACUGCCACACACAGAUGAACAAAUUUGCCUACUAGAUUUAGUCAGGAAAGUGGUUCCAAAGGGGAAGUAUAGGGUGAAAUCGCCAUAAAUAAAACAUUUCCUUUUUCAUCACAUAUAUGGAACCGUUUCCCCACCAAAAUUAGAUACCAAAUCUGGUUUGCUCUCUCCAUCUAUCUCACACCACACAAACAGGCACUUCCUGUGAAUGUUUUCAGUUCUCUCAAGUGAAACAGCAAACCAGCUCACACUCUCAGAAAUGCAUAUUAUUUGUUAUUAGUGAUGCUAAUAGAGUUAAACAAGAGAUGAGUUUAAAAGCUGAUAUCCUUUCCUUCGUAAAGACAGUCCUAGUCCAAUGCCAGUAUUUAUUAUUUUUUUUUCUUUUAGCAGUCAUUCAGCUGAACAAUAUUUACUGUUAAAACAAGUGAGUUAUUCAUGUUAUCAAAUCCUUACUGUUAAUCUGUUCAUAAUUGUGGAUUUGUAAAAGCCAGCUGUUAAAACGACUUCUGGUAAAAAGGGACAAGACUUCUCUAAUGCUGUUUACUUCAGUGUACUCAAUCAGGUGUGGUAUGCAGUACGGCAGAAAUAUCACAGUAUACCUUGCAGGCCAAAUAAUACGUUUGUGUAAUGUAUAUCUCAGAUUAUUUGACAAAUAUGCAUUUUCCUUGUUUUAUACAUGGCAUCUGCACUGUGCAUGGCAUUGCUCCGACAGUUCUAGUGUCUCUAAUUCACUGUAAUCUAUCAAUACAAAUAUACAGUACUUCACAGUUGCUGAUGGAAAUAUUUAUUCCCAUGUGGCCAUAUUUGUCAUGCUAUACAGAAUUCAGUCCAGUAGAGGAGUAUUCCUUUAUAUCUUUAAUUUAACCACAGCAGGUCCUUUGUUUUGCAUCAAAGAAGCCUCAGGUACCACUGGUUUUAUUUGUUUGGAGAGGCAUAUAAAUUACAAUUAAAGUCAAAUUAAAUAGUAGAAGUAUGUGAUUCUUGAGGAAUUUUAUGUGGUUCAUGAUGGCUCUGAAAUAUUUAAGUGUAAAGUGUUAAAGGUGUACUAAAGAAAUGUAACCUGUUUGUGCCAAAUGUUAUGAUUUUGGGCACUUUCUGUUAUACUUGACAGAAUUAUCCCAUUGUAUUAAAGGAAUAUUCUGUUCUCAAAACAAGUUGAGCUCAAUCAACUGCAUUUGUGGCAUGAAGUUCAUUACAACAAGCAUUUCUGGUCACUCUUUCUUAAAAAUAAAAAAAGAUGCAAAAAUUUGGGUUACAGUGAAACAUCUUCAGUGGAAGUGAAUGGGGCCAAUCUAAAUGUUAAAAUACUCACUGUUUCAAAAGUACAGUCACAACAGUGUGAGUGUAAAAAUGAUUUUAGUGUGAUUAAGAGGGUCGACCACUAAUUGCAGGGUUGGUGGUUUGAUUCCAAGCCCACAUGACUCCAUAUGCCAAGACACUGAACCCCAAGUUGCUCCCAAUGGCAGGCUAGCUCAUUGCAUGGUAGCUUUGCUAUCAUUGGUGUGUGAGUGUGUGUGAAUGGGUGAAUGAGAGGCAGUGUAAAGCACUUUGAAAACCACUAAGGUUAAAAAAGCGCUAUGUUAGUGCAUACCAUGUACCAUGAUAAUGUAAUGUCAACAAACCCUAAAAUUACUGUAAUAUGUACAGCUCAAAUAAAAUGUUUUAACAGAUGAUUUAAUGUGAGUUUAUAAAAUUAAGCUUCACAUUUCUGCUUUUAAACCCUCUAAAAAUUGGCCCCAUUCACUUCCAUUGUAAGUGCCUCACUGUAACUUUGAUUUUUGCUUUUGUUAAAGAAAAGGAGGGACGAGUCAUUAUAAUUAUUUGUGCUAAUCAACAAUAUGCCAUAAAUGCUAUCGACUGAGUUUAACUUGUAUUGAACCCAGAAUAUUACUUUCAGUGCCAGAAGCAUCAUGAAGUGGAUCAGUUUUGAUAUAUCAACAGGCCACUGUGGUAAUGAUUUUUUUAUUCUACUUCAUUCUGGAGUGGUCAUUAUAAACCAUCUGUGGCUCUGAGUUCACUUGCUUGAUAAUACUGAAUUGUCUAGUCACCAAAAGUACAAUUUCAAGUGUCUUUCAAACUUGACUUCUGUUAUUUUCUCUUUCAGAUAACACAAAAACAUAAUUUUCUCAAAAUCUGUAAAACAAUGAUAAUGAAACUUCCGAGUUGCAUGCAGACAAUAUGUGGCAUUUCAUUCAGAUGUGUAAGUGCUAAAUUUGAUUACUAUUUAUUAUUCUCAGUUAAAAGAUCAUUAUGCAUCUUUUCAACCAAAAGAUAUGAGCCAAUUCAUGUUAUCAGGGGUCAAUAGUUGAGAAAAUAGCACCUUGCAAUGCCAGAACACAAGCAUGCAAAUCAUAUAGCUUUCCUAAUCAUUUUGCUGAUAAAACCCGUCUUCAGUCUUGGUGAGGUAGAGUGAUAAUUUUAAGGGACAAAACAUUAUCAACCAUCAAUCCACUGUAAUCAAAGGGGUAAACAAGAAAUCAUGGUUGUUGUGGUUUUGUUAAAAGAAAAGCAUUAAAUCUUUG